GGUUUUGACGACCACCACUCCACUCUCUCCAGCUCAUUUGGUCGCGAUGCCAGAAAGCAACCCAAAUCAGUCCGCUACUUUCUGACCAGGGCGCACACAUUCCUCCUAUUCCUUCGAGCAAAUGCGCCUUCCCACCAGUGACAUCUCAACACACUUUUUUGGUUUGCACAUCCGCAGAAAAGGCUGUCUGUGAGACUGUAGUUCGUGUCUACUUUUAAAGCUACAAUAUAGUAACAACCACACUCACUGACACUACAUCACUACAGCCUAUUCGCAAAUAGUCAAAGGAUAUUGCCCUGCAUCAUGUCGAACGAAGAAGCACCGAUCCAACAACAGCAAGUGGACCUGGAGAAGACCCCAGAACCUGCAGAACCCAAACCCGCAGAACCCCACCCGGCUCCAGCCGAGGAGCCCCAGCAGCCAGCGGCGGCGCCUAGUGCUGACGAUGCCCAAGAAGAGAGCCACACGUUCCGCGCCCUGGUCCUCACCGGCCACGGGGGCUACGACAAGAUCAAGCUCCAGGUCAAGACCCAGAGGAUGGCGGCGGGGAGCGGCGAGCUGCUGGUCCGGGUGAAGGCGUGCGGGCUGAACUUCGCCGAGCUGAUGGGCCGCCAGGGGCUGUACGACGCGCUGGCCUCCCCGCCCGUCACCAUGGGCAUGGAGUGCUCCGGGGUGGUGGAGGCCGCCGGGGAGGACGUGGAAGACAGGAAAGCCGGUGACCGGGUCAUCGUGCUGAGCAGCAGUGGCCUGUGGCAGGAGCUGGUGGUGGUGGCGGCUGACCAGACCUUCCUCAUGCCUGACGCCAUGAGCUUCCAGGAGGCGGCGGCGCUGCCCGUGAACUACCUCACCGCCCACAUGAUGCUCUUCGAGAUGGCCAACCUCCGGCCCGGCAAGAGCGUCCUGGUCCACAUGGCUGCAGGCGGCGUGGGCAUCGCGGCCACCCAGCUGUGCCAGACGGUGCCCGGGGUGACGGUGUUCGGCACGGCGUCGGCCAGCAAGCACGAGACCAUCCUGCAGGGCGGGCUGAGCCACGCCAUCGACUACCGCACCAAGGACUACGUGGAGGAGAUCCGCAACAUCAGCCCCGCGGGACUUGAUAUUGUGCUGGACCCACUCGGAGGCUCGGAUACCAACAAAGGCUUUGGACUGUUAAAACCAAUGGGAACCAUCGUCGUCUUCGGUGCAGCCAACUGUGUGACUGGGCAGAAGAAGAACCUGCUGGCCAUCGCCAAGACGUGGUACAACCAGCUGUCCAUCAGCACCAUGAAGCUGAUGCAGGCCAACAAGUCGGUGUGUGGCUUCCACCUGGGCUACAUGAAGGACUUCAGUCUCAUCAGGACCACCAUGGAGACCUUGCUGGGCCUUUACGCCGAGGGGAAGAUCAAGCCCCGCAUCGACUCCACCUACCACUUCGAAGAGGUGGCUGAUGCCAUGAGACGCAUGCAAGAGCGACAGAAUAUAGGCAAAGUCCUCCUCCUCCCUGAACCCAAGAAAGAGGAGGAGAAGGUGCCGGAGAAAGAGGCGGAGAAGGAGGAGGAGAAGCCAGCCGAAGCCCCUGCCGGCCCCCAGGAGGAAGAGAAGGCCAAGCCCGAGGAGGCCAAAGAAGACCAGGGUUGAGAAGGAGAGUAAUGGAUGAAUGCUCCUCUCUCCACCCCACUCCUGGUGCUCUUGACUACCCGUCUGUUGAAGGGGACGAAUUUAACCCACGCCUGUAUUUCUAUUUGUCAGUAUUUUACGAGUUCAGUUGCGUUGUAGUGCAAUUUGUUUGUAUUGGGUAUUGUCCUGAAAUACUUAGUAUUGGUUGUUGAAGGAAUGUUGGUGAUAAAUGAAGUAAGUAAUGCCACAGAGUGUGAGUUUAAUACUUCUAAGAUCUGGUGCCGUUUUGAUGUUGAGCGAUUACCGGAGAUUUACCACUGUUGUUCACCUGUUACCUGUGAUUCAUGGUUUCUGUGCGCCUCCGGUUGCCAUGUUGAGUUUUUCACUAACACAAGCGCAAAUGUAAUCAAAUACUGUAUUCUCUCCCGCAUUCACCGUUUUGACCCUGCUAUUGUACUGCUACAUACCACUUCGAGAUGCAACACCUGUGUUGAGAGAAUGAUCGAGGUAUUUUGCCAGAAAUAUGAGCAUUUAAAAACAACAGUGCCAAAGACAGAUCCAGCAUCAACAUUGACAGAUCGAUGCGUGUCUCAAUAUGACUGACGUUGUAAUGGUGAGUGUGUUUUGUGGAUCUUUAUUGGUAUUAAUUGGUGACGACCUUGAUAUUCUGUGUUAAAUAGAUGUACAAAAUGAGUUGGGAGUCAUGCGACGAUGGUUCAAAACAGCAUAUUAAUAUGGUGUUAUUUGAAUCCACUUUAUCUUGAUCUGUGUAUCAUUACAAAGAGAAAGUUGUGUUUGAAAAAAGUGUUAUUUUUUCAAGUUUUAUGAUGAUGGAAUUAAACUGAACGUUCAAUUGA